ACUACUACAGUUCAUUACUCACUUUCUUCGUAAAAUGAUGUGGUUCUCUUUGUUAUUGGUCUUAUCUGUCCUUUGCAUGUUUGCCGAUUAUCUCUGGAAACGCGACGUGAACUUUAAAUGGUCAAAACUGCCUGGUCCAUUGAAUCUACCGAUUUUAGGUUCCAUUUGGAUUUAUACGCGCGUGCAACCUGAUGAACUUAUUUCACUCAGCCGUUACAUACGAAAUCGCUUUGGACGGGUAGCCCGCUUUUGGGUGCUACACAUACACGCCAUGUUUGUGUGUGAUUUGCGUUUCGCCCAAACACUGCUGAGCCAUCCCACGGAGAUACGCAAGAAUCGCAUGUAUAGCUUACUAAACGAUUGGUUAGGCGAUGGUCUGCUUGUUAGCUAUGGUGCGAAGUGGCAGAGUCGUCGACGUGUUAUUACGCCCACCUUUCACUUUAGCAUACUUGAGGAUUUCGUACGCAUAUUCGAUCAGCAAGCACAAAUUCUUGUGGGUAAGUUGGAAAAGUCUGCAGAUGGUGUGCAAAUUGUGGAUAUACAGAAUCCCGUGGCUCUCGCGACACUGGAUGUUAUCUGUGAAAGCGCGAUGGGUGUGCGUACUAAUGCUCAAACUGAUGAAGGAUGUGAAUAUGUACAUCUAUUGACGGAAAUGAUACAUAUUAUACUUAAGCGCUAUGUGACGCUCGUCUAUCGUCCAAACUGGCUUUUCCAAUUACUUGCACCGCGGCUAGCGAAACGCCAUAUAACAGUAACGGCAGCCUUACACGCAUUUACUGAGCGUAUUAUCAGGCAGCGACGCGAGGAAAUGUUAAAGCAGCAGGCGGAAAUUGAUAAACAGCAGCUCGCGCGCAAUGAUGAGUUUGGCAUUAAACGUCGCCAGGCAUUACUUGAUGUCCUUCUCUCAGCCACCGUAGACGGUCACUCCCUGACCGAUGUUGAUAUACGUGAGGAAGUGGAUACAUUCAUGUUCGAGGGCCACGACACGACGAAAAGUGCUAUAGCUUUUGCACUCUACUGCAUUUCACGCAACACGGAUGUACAAUUCAAGCUUUAUGCUGAAAUUGUUGAAGUGCUGGGUACUAGUGCACAACAAGCUAUUACACAAAGUCAGUUAAUGCAAUUAAAAUAUACAGAACAAGUUAUUAAGGAAGCUUUACGUAUGUAUCCGCCGGUACCUUAUAUUGGACGCACUCUUAUGGAGGAUUGCUACAUACAUGGUAACUGCAUACCCAAGGGAACUAGUGUACUCUUGGCAAUUUAUGAGAUACAAAAUGAUGCAGACUACUUUCCGGAACCGCACAAGUUUAUGCCCGAACGACAGGCAAAUGAAAAUCCAUUUGCAUUUGUACCUUUUAGCGCUGGUCCACGCAAUUGCAUUGGACAACGCUUUGCUUUGCUCGAAAUGAAAACGUUUAUCGCACGCAUAGUACAGGUGUAUGAGUUACUGUCCCUAGGCGCCGAUGUUGUGCCCACAGUGCGGGUAGUGCUGGAAUCUAAAACGGGUUGGCAAAUGGGAUUUCGCAAACGUAAAUUAAUAGCAUAGAUAAUAAAUAU